AGUCCAGCGUGAGCCGAGCGGCACUCCGCCAUUUUACAUUAUCUGAUGAGGCGGAGCGGAGCGGCGGGGCUUCAGACUCGACUCCUGCGCGUGCACUCCUAAACCCCGGCUCACCUACACGGACAGACGCUGCGCCCCGUACACCACCCUCUCCAGAUUUCUGGCGGCAUGGCUACAGAACAUGUAAAUGGGAACGGUACGGAGGAACCGAUGGACACAUCUGCAGUUACCCACUCUGAGCACUUCCAGACUUUAAUUGAGGCUGGGUUACCACAGAAAGUUGCUGAAAAGCUAGAUGAAAUUUACAUAGCAGGCCUCGUAGCACAUAGCGAUCUGGAUGAACGCGCCAUUGAAGCCUUGAAGGAGUUUAAAGAGGAAGGUGCAUUGCAGGUUCUGUUACAGUUUAAAGAAAGUGACCUAUCUCAUGUGCAAAACAAAAGUGCCUUUCUCUGUGGCGUGAUGAAGACACAUCGACAGAGGGAGAAGCAAGGGACCAAAGUUACAGAUUCCAACAAAGGACCAGACGAAACAAAAAUUAAAGCUCUGCUUGAGAGAACCAGCUACACACUCGAUGUCACGACGGGGCAGCGCAAAUACGGUGGCCCUCCACCAGAGUCUGUCUACAUUGGGACCCAGCCCACAAUCGGCACAGAGAUAUUUGUGGGUAAAAUCCCACGAGACCUGUUCGAGGAUGAGCUGGUGCCUCUUUUUGAAAAAGCUGGGCCCAUCUGGGACCUGCGACUGAUGAUGGACCCGCUGAGUGGACUGAACCGCGGAUAUGCAUUUGUCACUUUCUGCACUAAAGAGGCGGCACUAGAGGCUGUAAAGCUGUGUAACAAUCACGAAAUUCGACCAGGAAAGCAGAUUGGUGUGUGUAUAUCGGUGGCCAACAACAGGCUCUUCGUGGGUUCUAUUCCUAAGAACAAGACAAAAGAACAGAUUGUCGAAGAAUUCGCUAAAGUCACAGAGGGCCUGAAUGAUGUUAUCCUGUACCACCAGCCUGAUGACAAAAAGAAAAACAGAGGGUUCUGUUUCCUGGAGUAUGAGGACCACAAGACAGCAGCGCAGGCCAGACGCAGGCUGAUGAGUGGGAAGGUGAAAGUUUGGGGGAACGUUGUUACGGUGGAAUGGGCUGACCCUAUUGAGGACCCUGAUCCAGAGGUCAUGGCCAAGGUAAAGGUAUUGUUUGUCCGGAACCUGGCAAACAGUGUAACAGAAGAAAUACUUGAGAAAUCCUUCGGCCAGUUCGGGAAGCUGGAACGAGUUAAGAAGCUGAAGGACUACGCUUUUAUUCACUUUGACGAGAGGGAUGGUGCUGUCAAGGCACUGGAGGAGUUAAAUGGGAAGGAUUUGGAGGGUGAAAACAUUGAGAUUGUCUUUGCGAAGCCCCCAGACCAGAAGAGGAAAGAACGCAAGGCCCAGAGACAAGCAGCCAAAACGCAAAUGUAUGACGAUUACUACUACUACGGUCCCCCUCAAAUGCCCCCUCCCGCCAGGGGGCGAGGGAGAGGCGGAGCCCGUGGUGGCUACUCCUACCCUCCUGACUAUUAUGGCUAUGAAGAUUACUACGACUAUUAUGGCUAUGACUACCACAACUACCGGGGCGGCUACGAAGACCCAUACUUUGGCUACGAAGACUUCCAGCCGCCAGCGCCCCGGGGGGGCCGUGGAGGUGCCAGGGGUGGAGCCAGAGGGGGUGUGUCCCCAGCACGAGGCAGAGGAGGGGCGGGCCCUCCACGAGGCAGGCCAGGAUUUCCACAGCGUGGAGGCGGAGCUGGGCGUGGCCCGAGGGGUGGAGGAGGCAUAGGAAGAGGAGGGCCGGCACCGAGGGUCCGCGGGCAGGGGAAGGGGCUGGAGAGUGGUCCUGAAAAAUCCCUCUGAGGGUGAAGCGCAGCACCUGGGUGUUUUCCACUGGACAGCGCCCCCCCCCCCCCCCCCCCCCCUGGAGGCCAGCGGUAAGGUCUAGUAUGCAGCGGUCCACUUCUAUUCCUGCCUUACGGAGAGAAACACAAGCUACUCUUAGACUGCCACUCAAGAUCACCACAGCAGAGGCUUCACCUUUACUUUCACUAUUUAAUGCUGUUCUGUCUGUUUUUUUUAACAAUCUGAUGUGUUCCAGAGCCCCAGCUCCUGACUGCCCUGCCCCACCCCAAAGAAAACAGCCUGCCAUUUAGAAUUCAGUGUAACUGAAGAUGGUGCUGCUGUUUGCCCCAAGCGUUCUUAUCCUUUAUGUAAUAACGGAAGUUUUUUGCACUUUUGUAUGUUUUUGUAGUUGCUCAGAGGGUUUUUUUUAAACUGCAGCUGCAUCAUGGAAUAAACAUGUAAAUGUAAUGUUUUUUACAUAAUGUUUUGCAGGUUUAUUAGGUGUAAACCUUGUGGCCUGAUUGGUCAGGUAUUACAGAAAAAAUGGUUCAUUUAAGAACCUUUAGUGUGCUUUUGUUGUUGCUGUUAUUGUUACUAAAGGAGCAGUUCACUCAAAACUAUAAUUCACCCAUUUCUCCCACUUUAGCCCAGAUUGUAGCCGAAACUGUUUUGGUGUCUGAAGUUUUGCUUCUUUAAUUUUAGUGCAGAACCUUUGCUACAUUGGCCUCAUAGGUUCAAGUCUCUUUGGUAUGCUAUAUUUUUCCAAUGAUUGUUAGGCUUCAUAACUCAGAUGGAAAAACCUAAAAGAAAAAAGAAAACCUCAGUCACCAGUGAAAUCUAGAGUUAUCAGACUACAUUUGUGGUAGGAGGGUGAAUUUUUGUAAAUUAGGUUUUUGGGUGAAGUGUCCCUUUAAAGGGUCUGUUAACUACCUCAGUGUGGAGGCGGGAGACUACCCUCUCUGUAAUGUAUAUAAACACACGGAGACUCUUAAAGAGCGCAGGGCUUUUAUACUCUAUUUUAUGCACAAAGGCAACAGUGGAGCCAAUCAACUUUAGUGUAUAAUAGUUUUAUAAUGCUGUUCCGAUGAUGCUGCGAGCAGUGUGUGCAUGUGUGUGAGAGAGAGAGCGAAUGUGAGAAUGAGAAAGUACGUGUGAAAAUAAAUGACACUCUGACGAGUCUAAACAAGCCUUGCUUUUGUCUCCAUGGCUCUAAAAGCUGCCCCUCCUCCCAGAAGUGUGUAGUUACUGGCUGUAUUAUAAUUUAGGAAGGAUUUGUUCAUGUCGUUUUUUUUUUUUUUUUUUGUGAAGCUUUGAGCAUAAUGGAUAAAAUUUUCUAAUUUCCCACAGAUAAACAAGUUUUCAUUUCUAAUGUAAAUGACAGCUGUUAAUUUCAUUAUUUGGCAAAAUUGUUUAACUUUUUUGUUUGUUUAUAUGGUUGUUUUUUUGUUUGUUUGUUUACCAGGGUCUACUCCUGUAAACAUGUGCAACAUGGCUGAAGCACUAUCUGUUUUCAGCAACACGAGCUUGCCUGGUUGCAGACACUGAAAUGGCAAUCAAAAACUUGUAAUAAAAAAGUAGUAAAAUAGCAAGAAUUCAGCUAAAAUGUCAGGGUGUUUAUGCUACAAUGGACCUCCCCACAAUCUGCCCACUAAUUUUCUCCCAUAGCUACUUGUGAUGGGUUGACAACUUUCCAGAAUGCUGGUAUCAAUCUCAUUUAACCAAUUUAUAACAUGAUUUUUGCAUUUUGUAAAACUCUAAUCUGAACAGUAACGGAAGAACAUGUUUGUGAAAUGUGGGGACAAGUUAGCCAGCUUUACUCUCAUUGGCUUUUGUUAAUUAUGAAUGCCUUGUCUGUACUUCGUCAAACCCUUCUGUUAAGAAAAGGAUUUAAUAAUAUACUAUCAAUUAAUUGCAUUUUCCAAGAUGAACUAAGCAGGGUCUUUUUCUUGGCCAGCAAGAGAAGAGUAAGUAAUUCAGAGCUGUCCUCAAUUUCAGCUUUAUUGGAUUAAAAAACGAGUGUUACACACCUGUUAAUUGGUUAACUCUUUACUGAAACCUAAAUUAAGUCAGCCUUGCAUGCUAAUGUUUCAAGCAGAUAUUGGCCACCAGUAGUCUUUGGAUAGAUGUCAAACUGAUUAGUUUAUUGAUAGGAACAUUUACUUUUGCUUUUAAAGGUAAAUUUAUUUUAAUAUGCCUGUUUGGUGACGCAUAUUAAAUAUGUUUGAACUGUGAUGAACAUAAAUGCAGAUGUUGUGCAGUUAAGUCUAAUUUCACUCUUCUUUAAUGUGUAGUAAACCCCAGUAUUCUUUUACAUAACAUCUUCCAUAUUUGUAGUGUUUUGAAAAUGCUAAAAGUAUACAAAAUCUUAGUCUGAAUUGAAGGCAGUCAUUUUUAUUUAGCACAGUGUCUGUAACUAGACGGCUCCGUCACUUUCCUGGACAAACUAUUAAAGAAAGGGGCCUUUCCUUAUUAACGUUUUAAGGCUGUAUAGUGUGACAUGCAGCGUCAUCUUGAGCAUGUUAGCGGUAGCAGUGAUUUAGCCGGCUCUCGCACAGCCUUUACAGGGUUAAAUUGGUACUAAAGGUUUCAUUAAAGAUGCUGGUAGAAUAUGCUGACUGGAUUUUGUACACAAAUUUUCAUCCCAUCUAAACUUUGUUUUAAGGAUGUGUUUGGAUUUAAAUGAACUAUUGGUGCAUUUUUUUGCAUUGUUGCAAAUAAAAUGUUUUAUACUGUAAA